UCUUCCAGAGGGAGACACUCAAGGCCUCUGGACUCUGCAGAUACUGCAAGGACAAUGGCAGGAAUGCUCAUAGCUGGUGUGGUUGGAGGAGUGACAGCAGUGGCUGCUGUGCCCAUGGUUCUGGGGGCCGUGGGCUUCACUGGAGCAGGAAUUGCUGCCUCUUCCAUUGCGGCGAAGAUGAUGUCAGCAGCGGCUGUGGCCAAUGGGGGCGGGGUGGCCGCAGGCAGCCUGGUGGCCACUCUACAAUCAGUGGGGGCUGCAGGUCUCUCCACAACGUCCAAUGCCCUUUUGGGCUCUGCUGGUUCGACUCUUGCAGCCUGGAUCUGGGGUUCUGAUGAGUAAAACUUCUUCUGCUGCCUUAAAUGGAUCUAACAUCAAGGUAGAGUGUCCAGGACUCACAGUGAUCAUCUUGGGCCUUAGAAACCCCCCAGUGAGAACCCCUGCAUCUCCCAAUAUGUAGAAAACAAGAGUAAAAUAAAGAGGAGAUGCCGUAACCUUC